ACUGGCUGUAUAGGCUUGUAUAUAAACGACUGCUACCACCACUUUAAUCCACAGUUGACAAUUGCCUCCACUACCGACUUGUAUUCAGCGCGAAUCAACAUGCAGAAGUUUACGAUAUCGAUGCUGUGCUUAGUAGUAUUGAUUGGGCUAGUGCUAGUCCAUCACGGGGCUGAAGCGAAGAAAAAAGAAAAAGGAAAAGGUUCGGGUUACGGUGGGGAUUACGGUAGCGGAGGAUAUGGAGGAGGAUAUGGAGGUGAUCAUAAGCCCCAUAAAAAGCCCCAUCAUAAGCCUCACCAUAAACCAAUUUUCAAACCUCUUUUCAAGCCUCACCAUAAACCACAUAAACCCCAUCACCAUAGUGGAGGAUAUAGCACUUACUGAGCGUCUAAUUAACAGAACCGGAAACGCUUACAGACAUGCAUAAUAUGUCUGGCUAAAAAAAUGUUGAUUGUAUUUGUAUGCAGAGUUUAUCGCCGUACCCAAAAGUAAUUAACGAUUUGUAUCUCAUUUUCAUUGAACUCCUGUCCUCACUAAUAUACGCAAGACGAAAAUACAUUGUCUGAAUACGAAA